AUGAGGCAGCGGCGACCGCCACGGCGGGGGAGGGAGUGUGGGGCCCGCCUUGACGGCGAAAUCACCGUGCGGCGUUUUGCGGCGCCGCAGCUGCGCACAACCGCCGCCAUUCGCAGGGGUGACCUACUGGAGCCGAUUUCCGCAGUGGCGGCCCGCGUUGGCGUGGAGGCUGCAGCAGUGGAGGGAUUGGUGGACGCGCAGGGCCUCGCACUGUUCGGCAAACUGCAAGCCGGGGCGGAGGUGUUUCUCGCGGGCACUGUUGCCGGGAACGGCGCAAACGACGGCGGUGAAAAGUCGUCCAUGCAGCCACCGGAUGCAUCGGUGGCCUGGGCGUACGACCCACGCAUGCUGCUGCACGCGCCGCCCGUGGAUCGUAUUCCAGAGACGCCAUACCGCCUGCAGCGGGCCAUUGAGUGCCUAAAGUCAACCCCGCGCGCUGGCGAGUUGCUGCCGGAAGAACUGCGCUUCCCCGAGGAGGCGGAGGCUGGGGCGACGACGGGUGCCAAGCUGGGCGGCGCUGAUAAACCCUUCACGAGUGGCGUGGCUCCACCUUCCUCUUGGCUCCAGCCCCGGCUGGCCACGCUUGCGGAAAUUGCAUUGUGCCACGACGUAUCGCGGUACCGUGACUUUGUCGAGCACGGCACCGCGCUCGCCCCGCCGCUCAAAACAGAUGUCUACUGCAGCGACGCGACAAGCAGUGUGGCCACUCGCCUUGCCGUCGGUGCCGUUAUUGACGCGGCACGUUGCGCGCUUGCCGGGGCACCUGCGCUUGCCUUUUGCCUUGUGCGCCCACCAGGCCAUCACUGCACCGUGGACACACCUGGCGGGUUCUGUCUUGCCAACAACGUCGCCAUCGCGGCACGCCAGCUGCUGAAGGAUUGGCGUGACGAGAACGAGAGCCGUGGCGGCGCUGACAGUGUGCCGGCGCCACACAUAGCCAUCGUUGACCUUGACGUCCACCACGGCGAGGGGACCCAGUCGUUUGUGGAGGAAGAGCCGCCGCCACCGGGCGACGCAGCCUCCGUCUCACCACUGCUGUACCUCUCACUGCAUCGCUACGACCAUGGCACCUUCUACCCCGCCGACCCCCGCGGCGACACCGCGUACGUUGGGCGUUACCGCAACGUGUGCAACGUUGCCGUGCAUACCGCGGCCAACGACCCGGCGUGUUGCGAAGAGGUUGUGAGUGACGCCGUGUUUGAGCGAGUGGUGGACGACGUCCUUCUGCCACGCUUGCGUUGCUUCUGCCCGGACGUGGUGUUGCUCUCGCUGGGGUUUGACGCCGCCUACGGCGACCCACUCGGACGAAUGGCCGUUGAAGGCGGAUUCGCAUACGCGGUGCGGGCACUCAAGCAGUUUUGCCGCUCACAGCCGCAGCAGCGGCAACAGGCGCGGAGCCUGCACGCUGGUCUCGUGGUUGCCUUGGAGGGCGGAUACUCACCGGAGGCGGUGGCGCAGGGCGUCGUCGCCGUUGCCCACGCACUGCGCUACCCGGCCAGCGACGCGGACGUCGUGCGUUACGCGACGCGUCAGGUGCCGAAGACGUGGCAGGACCUUCGCCGCCGCGUUGCGCGUCAACGGCACGAAAUGAAACAACAAGAAGCGCAGCGGCCGCACGGGGCUGAGGGGGAUGUAUCGAGGGCGGAGGCGUCGCCCACGCAAGGCACUGCGGAGACGACCUCGCUUCUGCCGGAGGACGACGUCCUCUUAGAAAGGCAUCACCGAUGGUGCGACCGGCUUAUCUCCCGUGUGUUGUCCAUACACGAGGCGGCAAACGGGGCGCAGUAA